AUGUCGAGCACGCAGCAGGCCGCUGGCCGCUCGCUCAUUGCGCUGAUUGCGGACGAGGACUCCACGACGGGUUUCAUCCUGUCAGGUAUCGGUGACGUGAACAAGGAGGGCAACAAGAACUUCUUUAUUGUGGACAACCGCACCUCUGUGUCGGACAUUGAGGAGGCGUUUUUGGACUUUACCAAGGAGCGCGAGGACAUUGCCAUUGUGCUCAUCAACCAACACAUCGCCGAUAAGAUCCGUCCUCUGGUCGACAAGUACGUGCAGGCUUUCCCUGCGCUGCUCGAGAUCCCGAGCAAGGACCACCCGUACGACCCGUCCAAGGAUGGCGUCCUGAAACGCGUCCAAAAGAUGUUCAGCGACUAG